AAAAAGGGAAAAGUAAAAAAGAGAGAAUGGUGGACCAAUAGUAGUCUUGUGCGAGGAUCGUCUUUUAAUGCUCAAAAGCUCUCUUUAACUUUCCUCAGCAUCUCACUUUUCUUUUUACUCUGUUCUCUCUCUCUAAAAACCAAGAAACCUCUAAAUUAGAGUACAGAGAUAAGGUUUGUUCACUCUUUUAGUUUGCUUUUAGUGUUGACACAACAAUGGUGAGUUCCUCAACGACGAUCUCUGCUUCUACUGCAUCAAAGUCUCGAUCUCUUACUCCCCAAAGGAAGAUUACCCUCAAGGUCAAGACCCAACAGGAUGGAAGAGAGGAUGUUUAUAAGAUUGGUUAUAAUGCACAUAUGAAGAAACUGAUGGAUGCAUGCUGCACCAAGAGAAACUUUGAGAAAGACACUGUCAGAUUCAUCUUCGGUCGUAAAGAGCUCAAGCCACGACAAACUCCUGCUCAGGUUAAUUACUAUAAUUAUUUAUCACAGCUGAUGAUGGAAGAAGGAGAUAUCAUUGAUCUUGUCACCGAACAAGGUGGUGGCUAAUCUCGCCGGAACAAGGAAGAUAUUUUUAGGCCUUUUUUAAUUUAAAAGACUUUUUAAACUAUUAAAAUUUUUCAUUAUUAGACUUGUAAUUUCUGGUUUGUAGUUGUUGUUGCAUCUUAUUGUCUGAAACGUUGUUGUCCGGUUGAUUUUAGUUCGUAUUGUCGAGGAAAUUAAUAACAGUCAGUUUUCUCUA